ACAGUUGAAAAUACAAUUAGGACUUCGUGCGCUCAAAUUGAUGCUUCGUUUAAGCUUUUCAUGAUUUCGUUAGUAGCUCCUGCACUUCGUUAGUUUGCCGAUAGGACGACUUCGCUAAUUCAAUUUGGUCGUAUCAUCAGUGCGUGUCGGUCGCAAUUUAGUUCAGUUUUACUUUGGACUUCGGCGUUAAUGGUUGUGAAACGGUGGUGGAUUUUUUUCCUAACGCGCGCUCAACUUUGUGUUAUUGUACUAUAUGUAUAUAAGACUGUUACUGAGAAUACAUAUAUAAAAGCAUAAGGCCGGUAAAAUUACCGAAGUUCAAAGUUGAAGGUGGAAAUAAGUUUGUGGUGGAAUUUAAAGCUGAAUUCAAUAUAACUGCACGAAUAUGCUUGAGCAGCUGUAUUGCAAGCGUGUUAGCUUGUUAUUGUCAAGUUAUGAUAUGAAAGAAUGUAAUAUUGUAUAAAUAAUUGUGGUUGUAUUUUUGUAUAAAAUGUGAAAUGGUAAAAAAUGUUAUUAUAAUCUGCAAAGGAAUCGAAAAAUUUCUAAAGGUUUCGAGAGAUAUCCUCAGGAAGUGAAAUAAAACUUCUUUGAGUGGGAAAGUUUCUGUAGCAAACAUGUAGUCUAAAGAAUUUGUGAAUAAAUAAAAACGCAACUGAAUCGCAAAAUGCAAUAAAAUUAUAAAAAGAAUUUAUUUUAUAAAUUAUUUAUAUAAAUUAUUAGUCUUAUUAAUUUCUAAUUAUUAAAAAAAAAACCUUAAAAUAUACAAACCAAGCGAACAUCAAAACUCUUUUACCAUAACAGUUUCGUCUGCAACGAAGCAGACCAGUGAGUUACCAUACAGUGGAUGUAAAUAAAUGCAUAUAAUUUUAACAAUUGCGGCAAUAAUAAAAUUAACGCGCCAAAUAUCGUGAAAAUAUUGUGACACGACAAAUGAGUAACGUAACAAACUUUGAAAUGGUCCAAUAAAAACUGCCUGCGACGCGAUCAACAAAAUCAGCCAACAUGGUUGCAUUUGUUCGGGGUAGAGUGCGAAAGAUGGUUGCUAAAGUUUCGAGAACGAUAGUGAAAAUGGAAAUAAAAACAGUGACAAAUGCACCCAAUAUUGUGCCGCAGCCAACGUGCAUAAUUAAAAUGAAACGAAAAAGUAAACUGCCAAAAUUUUUGCUGUUAAUUAGCGCAAUUUGUAUCAACAGCUUCUUGUCUUGGCUUGGCGAUGGCAGAGAUGCUAGUGGUAGUUUACUGCCGCUUGCUUAUGGCACGCAUAUGACCGUCACAGCUGGUGAUGCCAUCGCACACACGUUCACCAUCGAAAUGCGUGGUCACAAUCACCAUCAUGAUGGAGGUGGAGGAGGCGGAGGAGACAGUAGCAGGAGUGGCAGUUUGGAAAAUAUGGAUUUAGAGAAUAUGAAUAUGCAUGCCUUUGGUCAUGAUGCCGGCAUUAGCGGUGUACCAGAGGAGUCAGAGGAGCGCGAUCAUAUCGCGCAUCAUUUUGAGAUGAAACAUCACGAAGAGUUGCUCGAGGAUAUUAGAGAUGACGCAUCUACGAAUUUAUUGCCUGACAAAGAUUUACCCAAGUUUGGUGAGCCAUUACAAAAUGUCACGGUACCAGUGGGGCGAGAGGCGGUACUACAAUGUGUUGUCGAUAAUCUGCAAACCUACAAAGUUGCGUGGCUUCGCGUCGACACACAAACAAUACUGACGAUACAAAAUCACGUUAUAACGAAAAACCACCGAAUGAGCAUAACCCAUUCAGAGAAACGUGCUUGGAUAUUGAGAAUACGUGACGUUAAGGAAGCGGACAAAGGCUGGUAUAUGUGUCAGAUCAAUACGGAUCCGAUGAAAAGUCAAGUUGGUUACCUGGAUGUUGUUGUCCCACCUGAUAUCCUUGAUUAUCCCACCAGCACGGAUAUGGUGAUACGAGAGGGCGCCAACGUAACACUUAAAUGUGCAGCAGUUGGGUCACCAACACCAACCAUAACGUGGCGUCGUGAAGGUGGCGAGCUCAUACCGCUACCCAACAAUACCGAAGUCAUCGCCUACAAUGGCUCCUACCUGACGAUCACUAAAGUACAACGCCUUAAUAUGGGUGCGUAUUUAUGCAUCGCCUCGAAUGGCAUUCCGCCAACGGUCAGCAAGCGCGUUGUGUUGAUUGUGCACUUUCCUCCAAUGAUUUGGAUACAAAAUCAGCUAGUCGGUGCUGCCACUGGCCAACACAUAGCACUUGAGUGUCAGUCAGAGGCUUAUCCAAAGUCUAUAAAUUACUGGACGAAAAAUAACACGAUCAUUGUGCCAGGUGAGCACUUUGCGUCCGAAACUUUUGAAAGUGGCUACAAAAUAACUACCCGAUUAACCAUAAAAGAGGUUGACACAUCCGAUUUCGGUUCUUACCGUUGUGUGGCAAAGAAUUCUCUAGGUGAUACAGAUGGCACAAUUAAACUCUAUCAUAUUCCGCAAACAACGACAGUAACCGCAUUAGCCCCUACGGUGGCUCUAAAUACUGUGCCAGUAGUGGUUACAAAAUACAACAACAAAGAUCAACGUUUCAGUAAAAAAAUUCACCGCACAAAAUCGAAUGUUGCAGAUAUUUCACCGUCAUCAUCUUUGAAUAAUGUUUAUAUUGGUGCCACAUCGAGCUUAUGGAAUUCACAAGAUCACGGCACAGGGAGAGAGUAUAAUCAAUCUUUACCUUGUAAACCCGAAAUGAAGUCAAAUGUACUGUGCGGCACAAAGCCAGCUGACCAACUGGUUUCACCUUCAGUGGAUUUUUCAAGCGCCUUUUCUUCCAAUCAUAAAUCACAUCUUUAUGAAGUUUGCUGGACGUAUCUCCUUUCAAGGAUUAUACAUGUUAUUUAGGUGACCUGAGCGUCUGCAACCAUUGCCUCAUUACUUGAUAUACUCGUAAAGUAGAAACGAAAUUAUUCCGCAUUAAAGUGGUAGGUUUCCAAAUUUUGACAACUUUAGCUUACGUACGACUGGAAGUAUAUGAGAAGAUAAACCAGAGAUGCCUUUGAAGGUAUAAAGUAUGUAUAAGUAGUGACAACAGUAGAAAAUCUGUGGUGCAUAUAUAAAUGAAUACUACGUGAAGAAACAUUUCGCCCCCGUUAAGUGGCCAACAUACGAUUUAAAGAUACAACUGCAAUAUUGCGGUGAGUUCGUCCAAAUGCCAUCACAUACAUAUGUACAUAUAAUUUAAACAGAAAGGAGCUGAAAAGUUGUACCUCCGUUUGAAACGAUUAAUUAUAAAAGGAUACCAAAUAGAUACCAGAGAAUUAUUUAAACUAUAUGAAGGGGUUUUUGAAAUAAAAUGGCGACAAAGUUUCACAUAAAAUGAGUUUUACAACCGAAGCUUUGAAUAUCGGAUGGAACAAGAGGAAUAUGCUAAGAGUAUUACUACAAGAUAUUUAGUUAAGAGUGCUUGCAUGUUUAUAAUACAAUAGCUUCGCCCAUUUAUUUUAAUUCGUGAUAUGUGAAUGUAUGUUUGUAUCGAAAUAUGUACUGUUAAAACGUAAAAUAUGUAUUUAUUUUUGUACUGAAUCGUUACUAAAAAAAAUACAUAAUAAAAUGUUUGAACAUAUAUGAGUUUGUGUUUAAGGUCGUAAAAGGUAAGUAAGAUAUUCAUUUCUGAAACAACUAGAUUUGACAAAAAAAAAAUAAUCACACCGCCUUUUAAAAUCUAAAAAGUAGAGGCUAGCAAAUUAAUUCUUUGUUUUUGCAAAAUUGUCGUUCACUAAU